CGCUGCGGGCAGGGGGCGGGGUUUGGUCUGUGCUGGGAGGAGCAGGCUCUGCCUCGGACUCCGGCAGACGCUGAGGAGGCGGCGUUGCGGCGAGUUGGUGGCUGUUGCGGUGCUGGGCGCUCGGGCAGACAUGGGGCCGCCAGCGGCGUGAGGGUCUGAGCGCGGCGCGCCUGUGAGUGCGGCUCGGCGGCCGAGGGGAGCCCGGCUGUGCCUGUGUCGGCGGCGGCGGCUCGCUGUCCCCCCGCCGCCGGCGAUGGGGAAUGGGCUCUCGGACCAGACGCCGAUCCUCUCCAGCCUGCCCUCCUUCCAGUGCUUCCACAUCGUGAUCCUGGGGCUCGACUCGGCGGGCAAGACCACUGUGCUCUACAGGCUGCAGUUCAACGAGUUCGUCAACACUGUGCCUACCAAGGGGUUUAACACGGAGAAAAUCAAAGUGACGCUGGGCAGCUCGAAAACGGUCACCUUCCACUUCUGGGACGUGGGAGGCCAGGAGAAGCUCAGGCCCCUGUGGAAGUCCUACACCAGGUGCACGGAUGGCAUCGUGUUUGUGGUGGACUCUGUCGACAUCGAAAGAAUGGAGGAAGCCAAGACAGAACUUCAUAAAAUUACUAGGAUAUCUGAAAAUCAAGGCGUGCCUGUCCUUAUAGUGGCUAACAAACAGGACCUGAGGAAUUCCCUCUCUCUCUCAGAAAUCGAGAAGAUGUUAGCAAUGAGCGAGCUGAGCUCUUCUACCCCCUGGCAUCUGCAGCCUACCUGUGCGAUCAUAGGGGAUGGACUUAAAGAGGGACUUGAAAAACUACAUGAUAUGAUAAUUAAGCGAAGAAAAAUGUUGAGACAGCAGAAAAAGAAGAGAUGAGUUCUGUUUCCACACUUCUAUCUUAGAGUAGUUUCAUGGUCAGAAUUUGACAUAACAGCUUCCAAAGCCUGACCUGCUUGCUUGGAUGCUGUUAAAGCUUAGUUAUGUUAAACAAUCAGUUGCACAUCCUUGCCUUGUGGAAGUUGUGCAGACACAGAACCUUUUGAAAAGCAAAAACAGAAAAUAGUUUUUCCAAGGUUUCUGGCACUGUAUUAUUUUGGAUGCCCUAUAAAGUAAUAUAAAGCUAUCAGGAAAGAUAUGGGUGGGUAAAUGUGACUUGGAUAUCUAAAUAGCCAAAUAAAAUGAGAGUUUUUUUGCUUGGUGUUUGUAUUCAUAUAUUUGAGGGUGCAUUUUUACAAGAAAUUUGCAUUGAAGGCGUUCAGUGUUUUUAAACUUCUUAUGCUCGUAAGUGGAGUGUUUUAGGUGAAUAUAUACAGCUUUAAAAAUAUUGAUUUCAACAACGUGUAUGGAAUUAGUAAUCCAUUAUUUCAGGAUGCUGUGAGCCUUGGGGUUUUUUAUCUUCUUUGGUAAUGAUUUCCAUGAGAGAGUUUGGCUAUAUGGUAUGUUUUUAAUUUGGCACUUUUGAAGUUGAAUCACUUUUAGUUCUAAUACUUGAAACUUCAGUGCUGUGGAUUCUUCAACUGGUAGAGGAAAUAAGACUUGUUAGACAAGUACACAACAUGCAAGAGCAUGGAUUAGUUUUCCCAACAUGUAGCAUGAUUUGGUGUGUAGUCUUCUUAGAAAUAGCUAUGCAUUGUUAUACAGUGCUAACUGGGUUUAGAAUACACUCAUGUCAUUUGGAGACUUGUUCCAGAAAUUUUGUUUGCUGUUCAAAAAAUUAAGUUACUCUGACAUCCCCAAGUUAUCAACACAAAAGUAAAUUUGUUGGUGCAGUAAAGGAGGUGCAUACAGCGAUUUAGGUCUCCCAAGACUUUUAGCAGUGCAGCAUUCUGGGCUCUUUAGAUGAUGAUGGCAAUAAAACUUGAUCAUCAUGAAAUAUAAAGAGAGCUAAAGUCAACAGAGCACACUUUUUGUAUCUGCAAAAAUGCCCAGGUUUGUUACUUAUACUGCUAGGUCACUUUCUAUAUAGCCUUUUUUAUUAAAGUUUUUGUAGUGCUUGUGGUUAGGAAUGUAAAGAAGCUUUAAACACUUGACACUGGGAAAACAGUUUAAAGAUGGCCUGUGUUCUGCUCUAAUUAUGUUUAAGCUGUUCUUGUUUACAAAGUACGCAAACAGUAUUAACUGGGCAGGACAGUAUGUCUAAUGAGAAGGGAGAUUAAUUUUUCUUACUGGUACAGAACUUCAAACAGUUGUCUAGACAUCUUGAUUAGCAAAUGAAAAGGGCUAAACUAGAGCCUGAAUUUUAAGAUUAACUUUAGUGGUGCUGUAAAACACAAUGUUAGAUCAUCUUGAAACUUCCAUUAGAAAUAUCAGUCUUAAAGGAGCAAUGCAAGAAUCAUUUCCUCUUACUCAACCAGCAAAGUUACUGCAUUCUUACCUACUGCCAUGUAUUAAGAGGAUAACAGCUGAAUGUCAAUCAACGUAAAGUAUUGAUAUCUGUAUAAAAUCAAACUUCAUAGCCAGCAGCUGUUUGUCCAGAAGGCAACCAAAAAUGCACUUUAGUGUUUUCAAUAAUUGAAAGUGACAGCUGUUUUUUUUGUUGUUGGUUUUUUUUUUUUUAUGACACCCUGGUCCUUUUGAAAGAAUUGAAGUAGCUUCCAGUGGAGCUUCUGUAUGUUGGUUAUAUAUAUGUACCUGCACUAGUGACAUUGAAAGUCACUUACUCAGUAAUGUCUAUAUUUAUAGAAAUGUGGAUAACUUCUUAAACCUCAAUAAACAUAACUCAAAACAAGUCUGCAGGGAGAAGGUGUUUGACUUCCUUGAGUUACAGUGAAGUGUUCUUGUUGGCCUCUAUGUGCAAAUCUCGCUCUCAAUAGCAGUAGAACUAUCUGCAUGAAAAUCAAACUCUUAUAAAUGUGGCGAGAUUCGUAAAUGUGACAAUGUUAUAAAUCACAGGUAUCUCAUUAAAGACUUAAUAUCAAUAGCA